AUUAGCGCUAUUCACCCUGUGUAUUCACUCGCUCAAUGCAUGAACAUAAAUAUAACGAUUUAUACAAGAACGGUUAAUAGUCAUGUUGUUGUCAGUGGCAACAACAUCUAAGGCUGUAUGAAUGUGUGUAGUGCUUAAACAGCCAAGUACACUAAAGGUCGUUCAUAUUCUCAGCAUCUUGCAAGGAGCCGAGUUGUUUCAUCCAGGCUAGUCCGGGAUACCAAAAUAACUGUCGCUGGAACUAAGAAAAAGACAUAAUUUUAAUUUCAAUAUGGAAACAGACGUUUGUGGUAUAAUGUUUUGUCUUGCGAGUCUGCUGAGUGGUACUGGCAACGGUGCCUGCUUGGAGAGCAUGAACAUGGCACCAUCGUCUCUGUACCGCAGCAAGAAAGUGUCUGGAAGUGUGAAAAUAUCCAAAACUGUAGCCAAUGUAGCAGAAUGCAGCUCUCAUUGUGUGGUAACAGGGUACAAGAUUUCUUUCAUCUUUGACCCCAACACCACGCUGUGUACGUGUCAUACGUUGCCACUGGCGUCGCUGUCGUUGGUGCCAGCAGCAGGAGCGGUGGCCUUUGGACAUGAAACACUUCCGGCUGAUGUGGUGGACACGUGGAUCACCUCCAUCAUCGACUUCUCCUCGUCCUACUACUCACCUUUUGCCUACUACGGUCCGAAUAAUAUGUUGGGAGUGGCGGAUUUCUAUCCCGAGUAUGGCAACACUGACAAAGCCUGGUGCCCUGCACAUCGCAACGACGCCCAGUAUGUAGAGCUCGGCAUCUCAGAACCUAUCUACAUCACUGAAAUCCACAUCUAUGAGGUUUUCAAGUGCGGUGGCGUGAAGUCUCUUUCUGUCCGGGAUCCGAACUCCAACUGGAUGGUGCUGUGGAGAACACCUGCUAUAGAGCUAAUAGAAACCUCUCGGAUCUUAAUCCCAAACUUCAUGCCUCCAGCCUUCACGUCCGACGCCAUAAGGAUUGACCUUGACCUUGGCACCGCCAACGCUUGGUCCGAGUUCGACGCCGUCCGAGUGGUUGGUACCAGGAUACGUACACGUGACGGCCUGGCAGUGACAACAUUCAUAAUGUAGUUCCUCAAGAACUGUGAAUUGGAGAUUUGGAAAGAACACUAACGCACGUUGACGUCAUGGACACGUUGAAUGUCGUCACUGGAACAGGACCUUUUGUAUAUAUUGACUACAGUGUAGCCUCAUUAAGUCAACUGUUACCAUAAGGCGCUGUGAAAGAAAAAUAUAAUUUUACUUUCACAAAGGGAAAUACGAUA